GCUGCCAGUGAGAAAUUCAGCAUCAGGCAUCUGUGGGGGUCUGCAGGAGGAAGGAGGCAGGAUCAGGGAGAAGGCAAACAUGGACUUGAAUUGUGAUUGUGCCGAGUCCCCGGCAGUCGAGCAGCCAUCAGGAAAGAUUAAUAAGACCGCUUUCAAAUUAUUCGGCAAGAGGAAAUCUGGCAGCCCCAUGCCAUCAAUAUUUGGGGUGAGGAACAAGGGAGAUGGUAAGAACGCAGGCAAAAUGGGUAUGGUACGCAGCAAGACCCUGGACGGAUUAGCUGAUGUUGUGCUGGAGAGCAGCAAGAAAGAGGAGCAAGCUGCUGCUGAUACACCAAGCACUGACACAAACAGCCAGGCUGUCACCACUGCCACCAAGACAGAUGUCUCACCCAACAGCCCGGUGGGUAAAUCCCACAGCUUCUUCACUUUGCUGAAAAGGAAUGGGAGAUUGGAGAAUGUGAAAGGGGACAAUGUGGAGCAGAUAGCUGGCAGCAGACAAAAGAAAGGACUGAAGGGACUGUUCAACAGCAUGCGAUGGAAUAGAAAAGAAAAGAAUUACAAAGAAGAUAAAGAAGGGGCCACGGAAAGCCAACCCGGGCUCAUAUUGUCCGGCUCUUUGACAGCCAGCUUGGAAUGCAUUAAAGAGGAGAUACAAAAACCGCUGUGUGAGCCUAAAGUACCUGCAGAGACUGUCACAGAUGAUUUGCCCAUUGAGGAGCAGAGUGAGGUUGUAAACAACUCAGCUGAAAAGCAUCAGUUGAAAGCAAACAAGGAAUCUCCCUCGUCUUCACACCCCACUGACAAACCUCAAGAUGGGAAUGCUGCAAGUAGCCCACAAGUGGAUCGUGUCCACCAACCACCUGAACCAGAGGUGGAGACCCUGCAGGAUAAGAAGGAUGAAAGCCUAACAGGAUGUGGCGAUAUUAUUGCUGAGCCGGAUGAUGAAGGAGGCAGCAGCAGCAGCAGUACCUGUGCAAGGAUUAUCCUUGGGAAUGGCAAGAAAGCUAUACCCAAAAAGACCCCAAACAUUAUUGUUUAUCAAGGAGGAGGGGAGGAGAUGGCAAGUCCGGAUCAAGUUGACGACAAGGACAUGCAAGAAUUUUUGGGAAUAAUACCCCAAGCUGAAGACACCAGCAAAGAGGUGGGAAAAGUGAGUAGACAGGCCUCAAGGGAGGAUAAAAGUUCUGAGAGUACAUGUGAUGGGAAUGGAGUGAAGCCAUAUAAACUAAGACACACUGCAACUCAUUCUAGUGACAAAGGGGAUCUUAGAGGGCGAGGAAAGGAGCAACGUGAUUCUGUGCGUAACAGCGAUGAGGGUUAUUGGGACUCAACUACACCGGGGCUAGAGGAAGAGCCUCCAAAAAGUUCCGGCAAGAAGGCUCUAUCCAGAGACAGCUGCAGUGGAGAUGCUCUCUAUGACCUAUAUACAGAAACAGAUGAAAACACAGCAAGAGCGCAUGUGGAGGAGAAGAGACCAAGUCAACUUCACUCUAAGGCACUCUCGCCUGUAACCGUCACAUGCCCAACAAAAACAAGCCUGGCAAAGGAAUCCAAAAUACCCAGAAGUAUUAAACAUCUGCCAGUUCAUCCUCCCAGCCAACCAGCUGACACAGGUAGCACCAGCACCCCAACUUCACAACAUCCCCCUACAAAAAGUGAACUUCCCAGGACAAAAAUACCCGUUUCAAAAGUUUUGGUAAGACGGGUCAGUAAUAAGACCGUCACUGGAACCUCAGGUAAAACGGCAUUUCAUGAUCCAGCCAGGAAGUAGUGGAAACAAUGAUGGAUAAGCCAAUGAGAUCGCUGUGAUUUGCUAUUGUCUGGAUGGGUUGUUGGCAAAUACAGGGCCAUUCCAUAUAUUAAGAUCGGCAGGAUGUCCAGGGCAACUCGGAUUUGUUCACUUUUUAUUUUCUGUUUUAAUUUUGUAAUGUUCUUUUAAAAUUUCCAGUAACAUUUGGAUGUUUUAACGCUUAUAUAAGCUAGAACAUUUCUAAAGCUUUCAAUGUGAAAGGAUGGUGAAUACUUAAAACAAGCCUACAUUAUGAUUGCUGAAUAGUGCUGGAAAUCUAAUCUGUUUUAACAGUCAGGAAUCUUAACAAGCAAAACUCAGCUUUGUAGCAACUACAGAAUCCUGUUGCCAAAUAUGAUGGUACUGAUGUUUUUGAUUUUAGGGAAUGUAUACAGAGGAACAGGUAGGUUUUCUUAGCGGUGUGACAUUAACCUACAGGCUAAAAUGUGUUCUAUAAUGAGAUGGAUCAUCUGUCAGUAACAGAGGUUAGUAAAGAUAAUUUGAGUGAUUUCACAAAGUUCUACAAUUUUCAUAAAAGGACUUAUUUAAAAAGAGCAA